AUGGCUGACUCUAUCUGCCCAGACUCCCCAAUUUCUGGGUCGUGGGUUUUAUGGAUGGCCUCCUCCGAAGUGGACCAGAAAGCCCUGGGCAAUUUCGCCGCCGUCAUGAGCCUCGAAAAUCCCCUGCUCUCGGCAAUGCUAUACAAAAUCCUCGGCGUCUCCGUUAUGCUAUCAAAAAAGCUACUUAGAGCCCGCAAGCUGCGGCGCCUUGACACAACACGUGAAACAAGAUCCCUCCAGCUGUACCAUCACAUCAUAUGGCUCUCCCGCGAAGGCCUACUCAUACUGGAGGGCUACAUCCUUCCCAGGGUAGACAGGUUUGUUGAGCUAAAAGUGCUCGCCUACAAACUCCGCGCUUCCUUCUACCAUAUUUUCGUCCUAUUCCACAGUCGCCCAAUCUUCACCCCCGACAGCGACAUACCAACCCGCUUCGAACAUGACUCCAUAUACGGCGCAGAUGCCCUAACCGCCCUCGGCGUCUCAGACACCUACAAGUCUAAAAUGAAUACGACUUCAACGCCAACAUCCCGCCCUCCGGGCCUACCAGUAAUGCAACCAGUCCAGCCACCUGAACCAAUCUCCUCCUUCCUACUCCCCCCACUAGACUACACAGCCACAGCAACGGCGUGCUUCAACCGCGCAUCAGCCCUUUCCGACAAACUUCUACCAGGCUCACACCCUCUCCGUCUCUCCGUCAAACUCGAAUACGCAGCAUAUCUAUACGACUGCCUUCAAGACCCCGUCGCCUGCCGCCGCCUCGCAAAACAGGCCAUCGCAGAUGUCUACAAUGCCCAAGAGGGCAUGGACGAUGAGAGCUUCGAAGACGCCGCAGAGAUCGUGAGCGUGUUGGGCAAGAUGGUCAAACGCGGCGGGAAGCCCAAUUCCAGUACUGGCACUCCCGGGAGCAGUAUCUCCCGCGGUGGUGGCUCACACAGUCGCAGUAGUCGCUCGCCUAGUCAUCUCGAUAUUAGUGUGCCGACUACCGUCUCGCCAGUCCCGGUUACGAAAUCUACGCCUGUUGACGGAGCUCGUGUGGGAAUGAGCCAGCCGGCUAUUCAUGAUGCUUCUAUGACUAAUCCGAUUUGA